CCUCCUGAGCACUCAAGCCGCAGCCCCUCUUUCCUUACCCUGGUCUCCAGUUCUAGAGCAUUCACAGGUGAGCUCACCAGCAGCUGCUGCCCAUGAUGGAGGCCAUCAAGAAAAAGAUGCAGAUGCUGAAGCUGGACAAGGAGAACGCUCUGGACAGGGCGGAGCAAGCUGAAGCUGAGCAGAAACAGGCCGAAGAAAGAAGUAAACAGCUGGAGGAUGAACUAGCAGCCAUGCAGAAGAAGCUGAAAGGGACAGAAGAUGAACUGGACAAGUAUUCUGAAGCUUUGAAAGAUGCCCAGGAGAAGCUGGAGCUAGCAGAGAAGAAAGCAGCUGAUGCUGAGGCAGAGGUGGCCUCCUUGAACCGUAGGAUCCAGCUGGUUGAAGAGGAGCUGGACCGUGCACAGGAGCGUCUGGCCACUGCCCUGCAAAAGCUGGAAGAAGCUGAGAAAGCUGCCGAUGAGAGUGAGAGAGGUAUGAAGGUUAUUGAAAACCGGGCCCUAAAAGAUGAAGAAAAGAUGGAACUCCAGGAGAUCCAACUUAAAGAAGCUAAACAUAUUGCAGAAGAGGCAGACAGGAAGUAUGAAGAGGUGGCUCGUAAGUUGGUGAUUAUUGAAGGAGAUUUGGAACGCACAGAGGAGCGAGCUGAGCUGGCAGAGUCUAAGUGUUCUGAGCUGGAGGAGGAGCUGAAGAAUGUCACCAACAACCUCAAGUCUCUUGAGGCUCAGGCGGAGAAGUACUCCCAAAAAGAAGACAAAUAUGAGGAAGAGAUAAAGAUUCUUACUGAUAAACUCAAGGAGGCGGAGACCCGCGCUGAGUUUGCCGAGAGAUCAGUAGCCAAACUGGAAAAGACAAUUGAUGACUUGGAAGAUAAGCUGAAAUGCACCAAAGAGGAACACCUCUGUACACAAAGGAUGCUGGACCAGACUCUGCUUGACCUGAAUGAGAUGUAGAGCUCCCCAGUCCCGCCCUGCCGCUGCUCCUCCCUUUGACCCCGACACCGCCUGAGGCCAGCCUGCCCGAAGCUGACCUCAAAACUGAGGGCUGAUCUUUAACUGGAAGGCUGCUUUCUCCUUUCCACGUCCUCUCCCCACACCCCACCCCCUUGUCUUUUUCAUCAAACUGUCUCUGCCUCUUCCCAGAGAUUCCAGCUGGGCUAGAGGCCGAGCGCCUUUGGAAACAACAUUUAAGGGAAUGUGAGCACAAUGCAAAGUGUCUUUAAAAGCAUGUUGUGAUGUACACAUUUGUAAUAACUUUCUGUUGUAGCAACCAUUUGUAAAACAUUCCGAGUAACUCCACAGCUCCGAAGCAGCGAUCUAAUUCCUUUCUCACUUGGGAAGGUAACUUUUCAGCCUAAUGCACAGUGCUCUCUCCAUAGAGGAGGAAAAGAAGUAUGGACCUGCCUUCCUGAGAGCCAAAUGGAGCCCAGAGAAAGACUCACUGUGGCAAACCUUACAGCUCUGUACCAAGUACCAGCCAAACCAGAAAGGUGAUCCCAGGAGGAGUUAGCCAAAAACAAAAACCAUGCUGCUCAGGUUUUGAGUUUUAAGGUGUCUUUGGACAACUUUAUUUUUAUUUGUUACUUUUCUCAUCAGAAGUGAGCAAAAUAAGAUGAUGGUGAGACCAAGACUUUUUUUUUUUUUUUUUUUGUGAUGCUGGGAAUUGAAGCCAGGGAGGGACUCAGGCAUGUUAGCCAAGAGCUCUACCACUGAGCCACAUCCCUAGCCCUGAGACUAAAUUUUUCUCCCACUUCUGUCCCUUUCCCAGAUGCUCACUGAAUGGAUCAUGUGUCCCUCCCUUAAUGUUGAGGCGACCACUUAAUUGCUCUCCUGCCUCUUUGAAAGAAAAGGAAAAUGAUGUUUUUGCCACUGAUUCAGCCAUAUGAAAUUCAUCUCACCCUUUUCUGGGUCUGAAGCUGCUGUCUCUAGAAGUGCCAUCUCAUUGUGCUUUGUAUUUCUCCAGUCAGUGCUGGAGAAAUCUUGAAUAGCUUAUGUACAAAACUUUUUAAAUUUUAUAUUAUUUUGAAAUUUUGCUUCUUUAGGUUUGGAGUGCAUGGCUACCCCAUCUGGCUGUGAAGAGUUCUCUACAGUCUGUGGGCUGGCAGUGUGCUGAUCUUUUGAAGUUUUUUCCUCCACCCAACCCCCACUUUUAGGUGAGGUUUCUGUGAGGUCUGUUAGGUGUACAUCCUGCAGCUUAUUGGCUUAAAAUGUAUGCUCCUUUGUUGUGGUCUCUGGGACCAGUCAAGAAAAAGAAGAACCAGUAGUGCAACUGUUUUGAUACUGAAUAUUGACAAGUGUCUUUUUGAAAUAAAGAACCAGUCCCUCUUAA